UCGAGGAGGGCCCGGGUCCGUGGUAGGGGUGGAGCGCGGGGAGGACGAGGAGCUGGGUGGCCUGCCCUGCCCGCUGUGCUGACUUUCCAGGGGCAGGGUGGGUCGACCUAUCAGAUCCCCUUCGCCCCUCCACCGGCUGGGCAUGAGUUCAUUGACAUCCCCGACCUUCCGCCGGCUUCUUCUGAGUACACCCGUCAGUCGUUGGCGAUGAAUGCCUCGAUGAUGGGGAUGCUCCAGCGGACAUUUGACCUUCUGGCUGUCUACAGCAUACCGCCUCCUUUCCAGAUUCCUAUGGCAGGAGGUGCUCCAGCUAGACCUUCUGUCCCUACUCGGGGGAGAGACGAGGAGGGCAGGAUAUUUCCCCGCACUAGGGGAGGGCGGACUCACGUCGGGAGUAGCUCGCGAGCUCCAGUUCCGGACGACGACGACGACGAGGAGUCAGAGGCGGAGGCAGGGUCAUCGGAGGAGGAGACCGGAGACGGUUCUAGCUCGGGCUCUGAUGACGACGCUGUUGAUGCUCCUGGACCCUCGUCCAGGAAGAGGACCAGGACAGACUGACGGCCCUUCGGAGUGCUUGACACAGAUGCAGAUUUUUGUUAUCUUUUCCUCUUUGUACUUUUCUUUUUGUUGGUAGAUAGAUUACCUUGUACUGCCACAGGCAGAUUUUGUUUUCAAAG